GUUUAUGGUAAUCAUUGUUGUCAUUAAAAGAGUCCUUUUUUUUCCCUCUCUUUCCCUUUUUUUCAUCUUUUUAAUCUGAAAGUGGUCAAACGUCAUGUUUAGCAAGAAUCAGUUUACUCAUAGCAAGCCUGAAGGCAUGACUCAGCUAGGUCCAGAUCAUCCACUUCUUAGAAAGCAUAUUCCUCCUGAUAGAUCCAGUACAUCUUCUAUAUGGAAAACAGACGAUAACCAUUUGGAACCUGAAAAACAUUUUGUUGUAAAAAAGUACAGAAACUCUGAAUAUGAUUCUUCCUCAAGACCCCCAAGAUCCUCUCAACGAUAUGCAGGCAGAAGGAGUGGUGGUAAUGAACCACAAACCCCAUUUAUCACCUCUGUUCAACCAUCUACAACCUUGCCGUAUUCAAGUGAACCUAAUUGGCCAACAUCAACAACAGGAAAUGCGUCUAAAAUGUCAGCAAGUGCUUCUGAUUCACAACUCUGUAAACCAAUGUGGGGACAAGAAAACGCUGAAUCAUCCAUGUGGGGAACGACUGAUACUACUGAUCAGGCUACGGCUGCAGCUACUUCUGGUCCCUCUAGUGGCUAUCCUGUAAGACGAUCAAGAUCUGAUAUGUAUACUGCUGAAAGAAGAAGUGAGUACCAAUUCAAGACUUGUCAAGCAUUCACUGCUUCUCAGAAUGCUUCUUUCACUGAACAAGCCCCUAUGGGCAAUGCAAAUGAAGAUUCCACUUUUAUAUUGCAGCCUCCAUGGGAAACCACUCCUCCCGUGCAAGAACAGGCUGUAUCUGCUGAAAAUGGGAUGGAAAACCUUAGUGCUCAAUUCAAUACCAUGGCUGUACCUUCAAGUGAACCUUUAUCUGCAGGAAGAGACGUGUUAUGUGAAAAUCAAAAAGAUAUGAGAACGAACGCGACUUGGGGAAACGAAAAUGACGUAUAUAGGGCUCCCCCUUGGCGUGACUUACUUAAUGAAGAGCCAUCUUAUCCUUUGAAUCAAGCAACUGAUCGUGGACCCACUCAUGCUGUUGAACAGCAGACGCUUUCUAUUUCAGGCGCUCCUGAAAACUGGCAAUCACCAAUUGAAUAUGGCCACUCUACUGAAUUGAAUCAGGUAUCUGAGUCUUCUACUAAAAACCUUGUUUUUCCUUCUGAAGAGUCUCUUGAACAACCAAAAGCCCCUUUUCAAAGUGCCGAACUUGGAGGCUGGGGACCACCAUUCGACUUUCAAGAACAAGAACACCCACUUGUUACGUACCAAAGGCGUAUAAGAGGCGAGAUAGACUCUGACAGUCCACAACAGGUGAUCCAAAUGAUAUUUGAUCCAUCUAAGGCCACCACAGAAGAAGGAAGACCUGUUCAUCAUCCAGUUUCUAUUAUUGAUAAUCUAAAUGCAUCAGAGAGAGUGCGUGAAGAAAUUGAUCGGGUUCUUAAUCAACAGGCUCAGAACAAUCAUACGAGUAAUUCCCCUGUCAAAGUUCAUGAAAAUCAAAUGGCAAAGAGACAUCAAAUAAAGUUUAAAGUCAAGCCUCCUUCUGGUGAAAUCGCUGAACUUCGUAUAGGCCUUGAUGACAACGUUUUUAAAGCUGUUGAGGAAUUCAAUAUCAAGCAUGCAUUGAAUUUAACUGACAAGGUCAAGGCUGCGUUGGUUCUAAAGAUCACAAAGCAACAGACUGAAAAGAAGUACGCUGUUAAAGUUUAAUGAUUCAUUCUUUUCUCUUUUGAAAUCAAAAAAUAAACGUACUUACAC